AUGUCGUCCUGCAGCCGCGUGGCGCUAGUGACGGGAGCUAAUAAGGGCAUUGGCUUUGCCAUUGCGCGGGAGCUGUGCCGCCAGUUCUCCGGGGACGUGGUGCUCACCGCACGGGAUGCAGCACGGGGCCGAGAGGCCGUGCAGCAGCUGCAGGCGGAGGGCCUGAACCCGCGCUUCCACCAGCUGGACAUCGACGACCUGCAGAGCAUCCGCGCUCUGCGCGACUUCCUGCGCCGCGAGUAUGGUGGACUAAACGUUUUGGUCAACAACGCGGGCAUCGCCUUCAAAUUUGAUGACCCAACACCCUUUGACAUUCAAGCGGAGAUGACACUGAAGACAAACUUUUUCGCCACCAGAAAUGUCUGCACUGAGUUACUGCCGAUAAUUAAGCCUCAUGGCCGCGUAGUGAAUAUCAGUAGUUUACAGGGUUCAAAAGCACUAGAGAACUGUAGUGAAGAUCUACAGGAGAAGUUCCGAAGUGAGACGCUCACAGAGGGGGAUCUGGUGGACCUCAUGAAGAAGUUUGUAGAGGACGUAAAAAAUGAAGUGCAUGAGAAGGAAGGCUGGCCCAACUCGGCGUACGGCAUGUCCAAGUUGGGAGUCACAGUCUUAUCACGAAUCCAGGCCAGGAAUCUAGACCAGAAGAGAAAAACAGACAGGAUUUUGCUGAAUGCGUGCUGCCCUGGGUGGGUGAAGACAGACAUGGCUGGGGACUACGGCUCCAGGACUGUGGAGGAGGGGGCUGAGACACCGGUGUACUUGGCUCUCCUGCCCCCGGAUGCUACUGAGCCUCAUGGCCAGCUGGUCCGAGACAAAGUUGUCCAAAACUGGUAA